AUGGGCGCCCUUUAUCCAUACGGGCAGCUGGUUCGCUCUGCCGCCCAGACUCGCAUCGCGUGUAUUCCCCGUCGGACGUUGGCCACCACUGCCGUUCGCUGUGCCCAAAAUGACAACAAUUCCACUACUGAGAAACCCUCGGUCUUUUCCUCCGUGAAGAGCUGGCUUUCGGGGAGUUCCUCAAAAGACAGCCCCAAGAAGGCCCAGGCUGUUCGCACCCCAACUGCCCCGACACCGGGUUCAUUGGGGGAGACCUCGAUUUUCGCUGACGAGCCUUCAAUGGCUGGCCCGGCACCAAAGAAGAAGAAGCAGCAAGGAGCUGUAGCGGGCGGUGCAACUGAAGCUGUGCCCUUGGAAGAACGUGACAAAGCCUACCUCCAGCCCACGCUGAACCCCAACCCAAGAGCCCAAUACCGAUGGGAGAAGAAGAUGAUUGAACGCGAAGUCCGAAAACGUGGACGUGUCUCCAAAGAAGUCAAGAUCAUGCGCACCGAACGCGAGUCGCUAUCCAAGUCACACUGGUUCAAGACCUCCCUCAAGAAGCUCGGUCCCUUGGCCCGUCAGAUUGCGGGUAAGAACAUCGACGAAGCCAUCCUCCAGAUGCGUUUCAGCAAGAAGAAGGCUGCAAAGGAUGUGCUCGGUCAUUUGGAACAUGCAAAGAACGUCGCCAUGGUUCGUGCAGGCAUGGGCCUUCCGGAUAGUGACAACAAGAACGAGUCUUCCAAGCCCAUCACGGUUGUCCUCAAAUCCGGCGAGCGCAAGAAGAUUAACGACCCAACCUCCAUCUACAUUCAGCAAGCGUGGGUUAACCGAGGUCCAUACGGACAGGGAAUGGACCACCGUGCGCGAGGACAGAUCAACCAACUGCGCCCUCCUUCCACAGGCCUUUCCGUUCUCCUGAAGGAAGAAAAGACUCGCAUUCGUGAGUGGGAGGAGCGAGAGGCCAAGGCUGCCCGCCAGCGUAAGGAGCAGCUCUGGACACAACUUCCAGACCGGAAGAUCUCUGCUCAGAACCAAUACUACAGCUGGUAA